CCUUACGCGACCAUUUGCUACACAUCCUACCACCUGUUACUGAGCAAGGUUCAGAACACAACCUUGGUAUUCCAAGGUUUGGUUAUGUGCUUACCUAUGUUUCGGCAUCGCCACCGUCGCGAUGGCCAUGCCUCAUCCGGGCCCGAUUAUUAUCUUCCCAUCUUCAAGCAAACGGACCUGAAUGACUACAACCCUAGCACCUAUGAGUGUAAAGCAGUCCCAGCCGACAUCGAAGCCAUCGAAGCCAUACUGUCCUCCCAAACUUCAGACCGUGAAACCAGAGGAAUCCGACAAGGAGAUCUGUUCGAUCACGACGAUCACGAAUUCUACAGCAGACAGAAAGUCCAAGGAUUUCCUCAGCGCGCCUACUCUGAUAAAUUCUUCCAGUCUUCAGAGCAGAAUCCAGAGAAAUGGUGCGAAAUUGGUGUCACGUUUCGCGGACAUGCUUCGGUUGUUAUACACGAUAUUACUGGAGCUGAUACAGACAAACCAAAAAAAUACUUCGAGUAUUUAGGCAUUGCAAAAGAGGAGCCCCAAAGCUCUCGCGUGGGGGACAUCAUACGCCUCCAUCUCGCACGAAGGCGUGGGGAUAACGAAUACGACCUGUGGUUCCACCACCCUCGUACCGACGAAGAGUCCGGCCGGUACUAUUCCGUUUGUCGCAUUCGAACGACAGAUAGGAUGAUCAAAUACAACGCCGGUCUGUCAUUUCCUCGGUACUACAAGAAAGUCACAAGUGACUGCGCUACGUUUGCACACAAUUUCCUUGUCAAGACGCUCAAUUGCGUUUAUGCCGAAGGCCAUAUCGAGAAGAAGAAACUUGAUAGUAUAGUGAAGAAUCUGGUUAAGCAUAAUCAUGUCGCAGAAGGUACUGUAGGGGAGACAGAAGGAGUGUCGCGUCGGAAUAAGGUCCUUGGUGACACUGGUGGGACUCUGCUAGAGAGUGGCGGGACUUUGGUAGGGAGUUCUUGAAUAAUGAAUCGAGAUAGCAAAACCAGUUGCGCUGCUGUAGCUAGGUCGAUUUAUAUUGUGCGAUAGAACAAAAAGAUUGGUACAUGUGUCUGUAC